AUGACCAGUGCAUCCUACUCAGCAAUUCUUGAGGAGGAGAUCGCCCAUGUUCAAGGACUACUAGAUUCAGUUCCAUUUAGUUCAGACCGCACGACGCAGUUUCUCAAUGUUUACAAAAUAUAUCAUCAAGAUCUCAUCAAGUUGAAUGAUGAGCCAUACAAAUUCCCCAUCGAAGCAAGUAAACUUUUGAAACUAAAUAUCUCGCUAGGCAACUUACUCAAAGCGUUACAAAUGGAUGAAGAUAUUUAUAAACAACAGAAUUUACAACAGAAGCGAUAUUUAAACAAAUUGAAUAGUAUACAAGAACGAAGAUCGGCGACACCAACAGCGUUAAAAGACGAAGCUUUGCGGCAGUCCACUCCUGAUCAAUCAGUCAAACAUGUGAUAAACUCAGGUCAAGUAACACAAUCACUACAGCCGCCAUAUCAAGUGCGUUUCGUCAAAAAUAUGGUGACCAUUCUUAAGAAUUUUGAUAUCGACGUGCCCGUGAAACAAGCACCACAGUAUAGUCGCGAUAGUACGACCUCAUCAUUUGGAUCUGCUCCACAUACCCCAAAACGCAUGGUGUCAAAUGGUAGUACUAGCGGGGCCCUAUAUACAGCAAACACAUCUCCCAUUAAGUUAAAUUCGAAACAAUUACUUAUCGAGAAAUUGGAAAUUAAUAUCAAGUUGGAUAACUUGUUUAUAUAUAAAAUCACAUUCAAGUUGAUUUUGGAGAUUUAUCAACGGUUGCAACAGAGCAUCCAGGGUGAAACAAGUGUAACAUCUUCUCCAUCCAAGGUAAAAAAUGAUGACGAGUCGUCAAUCUUCUCGGGAAUUUCAGCAAAUUCACAGGAUUCAAAUAUGGGCAAUGAAGAGUAUUUAAAGUAUGUAAACAACUUGCUACGUCGUAUUAGCUAUGGAAUUACUCAGCCGUUUGUUGCAUUGAUUUUUCGAGAAUAUGUUGAGCAGCAAAUCAGUGGUGACUUUGCUCAAUUGGUAAAUACUCUAUAG